CCUGUUAAAACAGGACAGGGUCAGGCUAACAUUCAAAACAUACGAAAUCUACCCCACAACAAAAGGCUAGCUGUCUUAAAGCCAAAUCCCAUGUAUACAGAUGAAGGUAACGCAGAAGUUUCUGUCAUGGUCAAUGGUGAUCAUCACGAAUACGAAGAUAUUGAUAAACCCCGUGUUAAGGCAGGGCAGAGUCAGUCUCAGGCCAACACUGAAUCCACCACAAACACCAAAGCUACUGUAAUGGCCAGUGGUCAUGAUCAGGCAGGGCAGGGUCAGUCUCAGACCAACACUAAAUCCAACACAAACACCACAGCUACUGUAAUGACCAGUGGUCAUGAUCAGGCAGGGCAGGGUCAGUCUCAGACCAACACUAAAUCCAACACAAACACCACAGCUACUGUAAUGGCCAGUGGUGGUGAUCAGACAGGGCAGGGUCAGUCUCAGACCAACACUAAAUCCAACACAAACACCACAGCUACUGUAAUGGCCAGUGGUGGUGAUCAGACAGGACAGGGUCGCGGUCAGGAUCAGACAAGACAGGGUCAGUCUCAGGCCAACACUGAAUCCAACACAAGCACCACAGCUACUGUAAUGACCAGUGGUCAUGAUCAGACAGGACAGGGUCAGUCUCAGGCUAUCACUGAAUCCAGCACAAACACCACAGCUACUGUAAUGGCCAGUGGUGAUGAUCAGGCAGGGCAGGGUCAGUCUCAGGCCAACACUGAAUCCAACACAAACACCACAGCUACUGUAAUGAUCAGUGGUGAUGAUCAGACAGGACAGGGUCAGUCUCAGGCCAACACUGAAUCCAGCACAAACACCACAGCUACUGUAAUGGCCAGUGGUGAUGAUCAGGCAGGGCAGGUGGUGAUGAUCAGACAGGGCAGGGUCAGUCUCAGGCUAACACUGAAUCCAACACAAACACCACAGCUACUGUAA